UCUCCAACUUGAUGAACAGUAAGGGGUCCUGGGAGUUGUAGUUUAGUGAGAGCUGGUGAGAAUGGGCUCCCCUGGCUUCUCUAUGUGACACGUGGGAGUGGCAUCUGACAGUCAGAGGUGGCACAGUGGUAGUACCAGUCAUUACAGUAUAGACGUGGGGCAUUUUGGGGGUUCCAGUAGGCAGGAGGGCAAAGUCAGGGCCCAAUCCUGCAGCUGCUUCAUAUUCUCACUAUGAACUGGAUUCCCCAAGGGACCGGUUUAACCAGAACCUAUGCCCGUCACCCGAGCCACGUAACUAAUACUCCUGGCACGUGGCAUUCUAACCUCACUAGUCACUGGCACAGGUGGCCCUACCUGCUCUGCCUGCUGCCGGUUCCAGGAAUCCACUACUGCUUUUAAGGGGUUUAAUGUGACCGCACACACAGAACCAUCAGGUUGGACCAAUCUAAUGCUGUUUGUGUGGGACCCCAAACUGGAGAGCGGCAGAGCAAGAAAAGGAUAUAAAAUAAAGGAAAACCAACUGCAACGCGGAAUUGCACCAUCCAUGAGCAGAUAAGGAUCCAGAUGAUUAAGAGUUUCCCCCCACUGAAAUAAAUGGCUUUACCCGGGUGCAGCAGAUAAACCAGAGGCAGUUCCAUGUUGGAUCUAAUAUAGGGGCUCCCGUGGGACCCUGGAAAUGAGAGAGAGACAAAUCUGAGGGGCAGAUUCACAGUGAAACUCUGUAAGGAGGGGGGAUGAGAGGGGGAGGCGCCGGCACUUCAGGGGGUCUGGGGGGUCUGACCCCCCCAGGUAUAUUCAGGAGCCCUGAGGGUGGAAUUCCCCCCUGUGAGGCCAAUAACCUGCCCACGUUGAUCCUAAGUGACAGAGUGAACCCCCCCCCCCCGCAGGGCAGUUAUCAGGGUGAGUCAUGGGAAACCUUUCCUGGGUGGGGCUGUUACUCUCAGUUCAGAGUCAGCAGUUGAAUGAGCGACUUACCUCCAGCCUUGCUCCUGCUUCUCUGCUCACUGGCCCUUUAAGACUCAUUGAGUGUGUGGCUUCCAGCCCUACUAAGUGUCUUCCUCAUUCCGAGGUGUCAGACUUGCCAGCUCCGACUCACUGACAGACGGGGAUCAGUGCGACUAGUGCCGGGGGAGCGGUGAAAUUUGGGGACUGUGAGUAGAGGAGGAGCAGAUCUAACCAUGUCCACGUGUUUGUGGCUGAUCCUGACCUUGUUGCCCUGCGUGACCUCCGACCUGGUUCCCAGGAUCACAUUCAGACACGGGGAUCCCAGCAGGAACCUGCACAACUACAGCCUGAAUAACGUCUACAAUUAUGAUCAGUUGUUGCUGAGCCCCGAUGAGAAGACCCUGUAUGUGGGGGCCCGGGAUAAUGUCCUGUCCCUCCUUGUUGGCCCCGGCACCAUAAAGCUCCUGCACCAGGCACCCUGGCCUGCCAAUGAUACAUCAAUUAUCAACUGUGUGAACAAGGCAAAGAGCAACAAGACUGAGUGCUUUAAUUUCAUCCGUAUACUGGUGCCAGUGAAUGAGAGCCAUCUGUAUACCUGCGGAACCAACGCCUUCAACCCUGCCUGCACCUACAUCGAACUGGACCAUUUUACAGUGCCUAAAAACUCCAAUGGAACUAUAAUCACAAUGGAUGGAAGGGGCCAGUCGCCCUUUGACCCCCGACAUAAUCACACGUCUAUCAUUGUAGACGGAGAACUCUACACCGGCACUACGUAUAAUUUCCAAGGGAAUGACCCUGUUAUUUUACGAAAUCUGGGCACCAAAGUCAGUCUCAAGACAGAAGGGUCUUUCGGCUGGUUGAACUCAGACGCCAUGUUUGUGGGGUCCUUCAAUCCACAGGGUUCCUCUCCAGACAGCAAGGUCUAUUUCUUCUUUGACGAGACCGUUAGGGAAUAUGACUUCUUUGAGAAGAUGACAGUGGCACGGGUUGCCCGGGUGUGCAAGAAUGACAUAGGGGGAGAGAAGGUUCUCCAGAAAAAAUGGACCACGUUCCUGAAGGCCCGACUGAGCUGCUCCCUCAACAAUCACCUCCCUUUCAACAUUCUGCAUCACGUGGCCUUACACAAUGACCCCAACCCAAAGCACAGCAUCUUCUAUGGGGUCUUCAGCACCCAAUGGCAAGUUGGGGGGCGGCGAAGCUCUGCUGUCUGUGUGUUCACACUGGACCAGAUUGAGGACGUCUUUAAUGGAGCCUACAAGGAGCAGAAUAAGGAACACUUAAAAUGGACUCGGUACAUGGGAAAGAUAUCAGACCCACGUCCAGGCAGUUGCUCAGGGAAUAAAUUCUCAGACUCAGACCUGAACUUCAUGAAGGAACAUUUCCUUAUGGACAAAGAGGUCUCUCCCUACGGCUCAGAACCAGUCCUGGUCAAACAGAACGUCCAAUACACCAGAAUUGCCCUCGACUCAGUCCAGUCAGUGUCUGGUCUCAACUACACCGUCAUGUUCCUGGGAACAGAUAAAGGCUUCUUGCACAAAGCUGUCCUGCUGAGCGAUGCCCGCGGGUCGCACAUUAUUGAGGAGAUAGAGGUGCUGAGCCCAGAGGAACCGCUGGAGAACAUGAUUCUGGCAGCCAAUGAGGGUGUCCUGUACAUCGGUUACUCUGCCGGGGUCCUCCAGGUGCCGCUGGCUAAUUGCAGUGUAUACCGGAGCUGUUUCGACUGCAUUUUGGCCCGAGACCCUUACUGUGCCUGGGACGGGGUGACCCAGAGGUGCCGCAGUGUUGGGGAAAAUAAAGGGGAAUCCUGGCUGCAGGAUAUUGAGACGGGAAACCCAAAUACCAGCUGCUUUCGUGCGGGGACCCCCAGAGUAACGCGUCCUCCCAGCGCACCAAUCAAAGAGAAUUACAGCAGCUGCUAUAACUCCAUCCUGGAGCUGAAGUGCCCCCAUCGCUCGGCCCUGGCCAGUUACAGCUGGAAGACCCCCGAUCUGUUAACCCCCGAGAUGCAGAUGGUGAGUGGGGAGGACACGCGGGUGAUUAUAGUGCGGGACGACACUGCGGGACUGUACGAGUGUUGGGCUACAGAGAACGGCUACAGAUACGAAGUUGCCCAUUACUGGCUCACAGCCGUCGGCUGCCCGGGAAACAGACUGAGUGGAGUGUCCCCCAAUAUUGCUGAGCGGGAUUAUUACAACCAGUUUGUGGUGGUCACAGUUCUCCUGGUUCUGACGUUAUUGGCCUGCGUGGGACUUGCCCUCUAUUCACUGAGAGACAAAAUAAAAGCCAGGAGUAAAGUCCAGGGGUGCAGCACCCCAGAAACCAUGAAGCUUUCAGACAGUAGAUCCCAAGAGAAGAAGCCACUGAACGGCCUCUGUGAUGGGGACAGACCCUGCUGUGUCCCCCUGGGCAGAUCCACCGGCAAAAUGGACAUAGAGAAUAACAGCGUUGCCAUUUCCUCAUAGUCAAACAGGUUUGGGGGUCUCACUGUAAUGGCGUUACAGACCCUAUAGGUGGCGCUUCUCAGAACUGAUCUUCAACAAUCACUAGAAAUCUCCAGGGAGUUUCCCUCAAGGGGGAGAGAGUAAGACUUUCUGGGAGCAAUGGACAAAUCUGCCCCUUUCUCUUCCUGGAGUUUUACCCCCCCACAAUUUUAUACCAAUGGGGGGGCUGCCUGACCCUGAGUGGGGUCUUAAUUGGGGAACUUUGACAUGGACAAUGUACAAACUCGCCAUUCCAGACUCAUGUACUGAAGUGUCCGACUCAGUACACAAAAUAGCUGCCUGCCAUAAUCUGUUGGCUGUUUGCGCAAAAGGAUCACUAGUGAUGAGCGAAUUUAUUUGCCAGCCAUGGAUUCGUGGCAAAAUUCCAGAUUUCACCAUGUGCGAAUUUUUCCGUGAAACUGCGACAAAAUUCACCGUGAACAAAAAAAAAACCCCGUUGACUUUAAUGCAUUUGAGAAAAA